AGUUCGAAAAGGAUACUGUUAUAUAGGGAUCAGCACAGCCAUACACUAUUAUUAGUACCUAGAUACAUUGCAUCUUCCGCGUAUUAAGCGCUUUGCAGCAGAUGAGGCCAGCAAACAUAGGCCUCGGCUGUCAUCUAGCCCUCGCGUCCAUUGCGGAUUCUCCCACUACCGUCCAUGACAAGCACUAUCCUAAACCAGAGGACUCGCUAUUGUGCUUGUUUAGGCAGGUACCAAGAGCGCGUAAGUUCCCAAUCCAGCUUCGCUUUUAUCUGUCUCUUAUUUCGCUGUUGCAUUUGCUUUCGCAUUCCCUAAUUUCUCAGUACAUCUUCUCUGAUAUUCGUGUUUAGUAUUUCUUUGCAUUGCUUCAGGGCCAAGCCUUCUUCACGACGACCUCUUCAGCCGCAUUGCUGCCUGGCGUUAGACGGUGCAGCCUGAUCACGCUCAGCCUCAUCAGGUGCUCCCUGGACUCUUUGGAUCAUAUAUCAUCGACUGCAAUCAAUUUCUUUCAUCCAGAGAAGAACAGGCGCAAUCUCAGAUUUCCCAGGAACCAUGGCACCGACCGUGAGACCCGACUUCCUCCCCGCACAACCCCCGGCCAACGCCCGCUGUCAAGUGAUCGACUUCGCAGCAACCGAUCCACCCCUCCCUGAAUACAAAAGGUACCUAGCAGCCGUAAUCGACAACGCCCUCACAGAGUCCGAAUGCAACGAGCUCCUCCGCUUCGCUGAAGCCAGCUCGCCCGAUGGUAUUUGGGAGCGCGCGCUCAUCAACGUCGGCAACGGCCGCCAGGCCCUCGCCACAGACACGCGCAACUGCGGCCGUAUCAUUCUCGACAACUACGAGAUCGCGGACAAGCUCCUUGCCCGCCUUCGGCCGUUCCUCCAGGAACUCGAUAUUGAACGGUUGGAGAAUCGACCGCUCGUGACGGGUCUCGCGGGCCGCAAGCGCACGUACCAGCUCACUCGGCUCAACGAGCGGCUGAGGUUCCUCAAGUAUGUCGGCGGCGAGUACUUCCGACCGCACUGGGACGGGCACUACAAAGACCCUGAGACGAAAGAGAGGUCGUAUUUCACCGUGCAUUUAUACCUCAAUGGAGAUGGGGAGCAGGAUCUGAAGGAGUUGAAGCGGGCGGAGAUGGAAGCAGAGGGGCGCGAUGGGGCUCCGAAUGAGGAUCUUCAUGGGGGCUUACUGGGCGGUGCGACGUCUUUUAUACCCCGGUACGAGGAGCAGGAGAGGAAUGUUCGAGUGUUCCCGAAGACUGGCUCGGUUCUGGUCUUUCAGCACAGUGAGCUGAUGCAUGGUGGGGAUCCGGUGUUUCGUGGGACGAAGUAUACUCUGCGGACGGAUGUGAUGUAUGAACAGUUGGAUUCGCCUGACGUCGUAAGGUAG